UUUUUAUUUGUUUGGAUUCAAGUUUUCCAUUUCUAUGUGUGUGGUCUAGACUUCUCUUUCAUUUCCAUUCAUUAACAACCUCAUGACAAGAAAAGCACAUACACACACUCCUACUAUGCUUGAAUGAAACCCCUUCACUCUGUUGUCUCAUACACACUUUCCCUUCACUUCACUGACCUCUGUUCCACUACAUAGUGUUGUCAUAAAACCCCCAUAAAACAAACAACACAACCUUGCUAUGUUGAGUGAUCAUCUAAUUGCCUCCACCAGUCAUGAAGCAGAGGAUCAUGACCAAGAAGAAUACCAAGAAAUCAGGGAAAUACAUGCCUUGACACCGCCGCGUCCUCCGCCACCACCAACACACAACCACCGUUCAUCUUCUCUGUCCGUGGCUAGCACCACUUCGAGCGAGAACUUCACAAGCAUGAGCAGAGAGUUCAGUGCUCUGGUUAUAGCAGGGUCAAGUGUUGACCACAACAACAUGAGUAUUAGUCCUAUGAUGAACAACCAGGACAAUUAUGAAGGUGGAGGCAGCAACAACAACAAUAACAACUUCAACAAUAACAACAACUUGGGGAGGAUUAGAGAAGAGGACUUGUUGGAAGAAACCAACCCUUUGGCGAUCGUGGCAGAUAACUACCCACUAGACCCGGUUCCAUCACCACCGCCACCACCAGGAAUGACCGGUGGUGGUAGUGGUGGUGGUGGUGCCCGUGCUAGUGGUGGUGAACAAGUGUCGGUGGAGAGGGUGAAGAAGGAAGAGGUUGAGGCAAAGAUAUUAGCAUGGCAGAACGCUAAAGUUGCUAAGCUUAAUAACAGGUUCAAGAGGGAAGAUGCUGUGAUCAAAGGGUGGGAGAGUGAGCAGGUUCAGAAAGCAAAUUCAUGGAUGAAGAAAAUUGAGAGGAAGCUGGAGGAGAAAAGAGCAAGAGCAAUGGAGAAAACACAAAACAAGAUAGCAAAAGCUAGAAGAAAAUCAGAGGAGAAAAGGGCAUCAGCAGAGGCAAAAAGGGGAACCAAAGUGGCCAGGGUUCUUGAGAUUGCUAAUCUUAUGAAAGCAGUUGGAAGGCCUCCUGCUAAAAAAUCCUUCUUUUAAGCUGUUUUAGUAUUUUACUUUUUGAGACAUUUUCAGGCAAACCAAAAGGGAAAAAAAAAGAACAACAAAGAGAGAAUAUUGUGUGUAUAUAAUUGAUGCCAUAGUCUAUAAGAGCCCCCCCCCCCCUUUUUUUUUCUAUAACUAAGGGGUUCAGGAUAGAGAGUAGCAAAGGAAGAUAAGGAGAUAUGUAUCAUAUUAUGUGAAAACCAAUUGGAGUGUUUUGAAGUGAUUGGUUAGUGUUUGAAUGUGUGGUGAGUGGUAACAUGCAUAAUUGAUUGAGCAGGUUAAACA